AUGGCGACCUACAUCAACGAGCUCCGCGCGCUCAUCGCGUCUACCUCGACCUCCACCGCGUCCGACGGCGCCGAGCCGGGCUCCGCGCACCUCGAGGUCAAGCUCCGCGAGGUGCUCCCCAACCUCCUCCGCGACUACGUCGUCCCUCCCCAAAGGUUGAGCCAUGAGAUUAUAUUCCAGGCAGUUUGGAAUCUUCUCUCCAUUCUCCGUACAGGUGACCGUGAAGCCUACAGACAAUUCUUUCUAGAUGCUAUGGUUGCGGUAGAAGAUGUGCUAUAUGUGGCAUCAUUGCAUGACAGAAGUCCUAGUGGCGUGCCUCCUGGAAGAUGUUUAGUUAAAUGCCUCUGUGGAUCCUUCUUGGAUAUAUUAGACACACCUGGGCCUUAUAGUGAGCUCCCAGCCAGUUGCCGACCUAAGAAUGGACCUGGCGUGCUGGUUGAUCUGACAGGCGAUGCAAGAUGGCGCCCAUUUGCCACUUCGUUGAUUAAACUAGUUAACAAGUGUCUUACAGAUGGGACCUUGUAUGUUGAUGGGCUUGUUAACAUGCCAUUUGUUUCUGCUGCUUGUUCUAUCCUCUGCUAUGGGGAUGGUUCUCUGCAUAAGGUUUGUUUUGAUUUCGCACGUAUUGUUGCCACAGUAAUGACUCCUGAGAUUCUUCCUCUAGGAAACAUCAUUCGUUCAAUCACAUGCAUUUUGAGCCAAGAAAUUAGCGAACUCUCCGAUAUCAGAGAUGCAGAUUAUGACUUCUCAAUGGGAGUGUGUCUUCGUGCACUGCAUUCUUCAUGUCCUGACUAUAUUGUUGAAUCUACAGCUGUUGAUAUUGUUAAUAUUCUCGAAAAAGCAGUAAAGACCAGCAAAAGUGCAGAACUUCAGGUUGCACUGUACACUGCAUACAAGAGAAUAGUUGAACUUUGCUCUGUACAAGUAUGGAAACCAGAAAUCCUUCUGAAGUUGCUCUGCUUGCCAAAACCUUGCAGCAAACUGAUUCAAUGCAUUCGAGCGGUUAUCAGCAAAUUUGGUCAAACCUUUUUCACUCUGGAUGAUGGUAAUGGUCAAAGCAGUCCUCAGGCAAGAUCUGGAAAAAUCGAGUUGCCAAAAGUUGGCCAGAAAAGAAUAUUACGGCAUGAGGAAAGCAGUUCUGUCAAACGUCAGAAGAUGACUGAAUCAGGAUUUUCUGCUGCCACUGGAUUUGAAAAAGAAGAUUAUGGCUAUGCUUUUCUACAGUCUUUAAAUUCACUGAUUAAUUGCCUGUCACCAGACAAUCAUGAGACUUAUCCAUUAGACCCUGAGGCUGCUAUAGAAGUGAUUAGUCUGCUGUGUAUUUCAUUAUGUGUUUAUCCGAAGACAAGUCUGUUUACCAGAGUUUCUAAGCAAGUCCUUUCAUGGAUUUCUUGGAUUCAUAAACAGACAGACCAGAGAAACUUGCAUUCAUUUGACGUGCCACUGUAUUUUGAAGCUCUUCAUACUGUAAUGCUUCUCCAAUUCAAUCUUCCUGGGCACACUAAACUUCUUGAAGAUGACUCUCAGUUGAUUGGCGAUGGUGCACAUUUUGUUCAUCCAACAUAUGCUGACCUCAUCAAUCUGUUGAAACUGAUGUGGGAUGUUGGUCAUGCUGUCACUGAAACUAGUUCAAACUACAAGAUAGAAUAUCUUUUGUUGCAAGUCUUUGCUAAGAUUGGCAAUAGACUGACUUCUGGAUGUGAUAUUGAAUUCCUUGAUUUGGCUAUCCGUAAUGGAACUGCUGAGACUAAAAAUGAGGCAAUUAUAUCACUACCCAUAAUUGUGUUAUAUUCUGGUCCUAGGAUGCUUGGAGCAAUGUUUAAGAAACUUGAGUCAGUGGAUGCUUUAGGACUCGAGAACGUGGGGAAAAGUAUUGCCUUUUCACUUGGUUUUCUAUCUUGCUUAAAUGGAACCACUGAUCACACUGACAAUGUGGGGGACCAUUGCAAGCUAUUCUUGGACAAGCACUAUGAACAACCUGUGUCAACAUUAGAUCUUCUCUUGAGAGGUUUCUGUUGCCCUCAAUGUGAUAUCAUGAAUAGAACUGUCCACAAUGAAGAGCAAGUUUCUAUAGUGGACAUUGCACCAUUACAAGUUGAGAAUGUGGACUUCAAUAUUAACAUCUCCAAGGCCCACACUCUCUUUUUCAAAUUUCUCUACACGGGGACUUCUGAGGAAUCUAUAGUUUCUUUGGUUGAAGCUUUGCCACGGUUAUUGAGGCAUUCUAGCAGGCAUCUUCUACUUGAGAUGAGAACUCAGUGGAAUCAGUGUUUUGAAUUUCUUCUGUGUCAUGAAAUGAAAGCUGUCAGGGAAGCAUUUUCUGGUGUAGUCUACUGCUUCUUGGAAAACAGUGUUAUGGAUAUUUUGUUUUCUGGUGGACUGGGAAUGAAUGAAGGGUCUAAAGAACUUCAGUUCAUGGACAAGAUAAAAUGUGCUUUCACCAAAGCUGAAGAUUCUCAGAUUCUUUUGACACUUCUGGAAUCAAUUGGUACUAUUGUGAAAGUUAGUGAUAUUCAUGGAGAAGUUUUCUUCUGCUCAUUUGUGUUACUUAUUGGCCAGCUUGAUAAUCAUAAUUCUAUCAUAAGGAUGACUGCAUUGAGAUUAAUUCACAGAUGCUGUGCAUUCUGUUUCAAAGGAGGACUGGAUCUCUUCCUCUUGAAGUACUCACAUGCUAGAGAUAAUUUAUAUGACUAUCUGUCAUCUAGACUUGUGACUCAUCCAGUAAUAAUUAAGGAAUUCGCUGAGGACAUUGUAGGUAUUAAGACCGUAGAGCUGAUUAAGAGAAUGGUUCCAUCAGUUAUACCAAAGCUCAUUGUAUCGCACCCAAACAAUAACCAUGCUAUUUUUACUCUGCGUGAACUGGCAAGCCAUCUAAACACUGAGUUGGUACCACUGAUUGUAAAUAUGUUGCCUAAAGUUCUCUGCUUUGCUCUUUUUUAUGAAGAUGGGCAGCAUUUACCAUCAGUUCUGCAAUUUUAUAAGAAUGAGACGGGAACUGAUAGCAAAGAGAUAUUUGCAGCUGCUUUGCCUACACUGCUUGAUGAAAUUGUAUGUUUUCCUGGGGAAUCUGAUCAGAUUGAGAAUGAUAUAAGGACAGCAAAAAUCUCACCAACAAUUCAGAAUAUUGCUAGAAUUCUGACAGGCAGUGAAACUCUUCCUGAGUUUUUGAGGAAUGAUUUUGUUCGCCUUCUCAAUAGCAUUGACAAGAAGAUGCUUCACUCUGAUGAUAUGAAGCUUCAAAAACAAGCUCUCCAGCGAAUAAGGAAAUUGAUUGAGAUGAUGGGCCCUUAUUUGAGUACACAUACGCCAAAGAUUAUGGUCCUGUUGAGUUUCGCCAUUGAUAAGGAAGGUCUCCAGAUGGAUGGUCUUGAUGUCUUACAUUUUUUCAUAAAGCAAUUGGCUGAAAUAUCACCAAGUAGUAUCAAAUAUGUUCUGUCCCAAGUUGUAGCUGCUUUCAUUCCAUCUCUGGAAAGGUGCAGAGGAUGUCCUUCCACGAACCUAGGUAAAAUUGUUGAAAUCCUAGAAGAGCUUGUUGUGAAAAACAAUAGCUUGCUAAAGCAACAUAUACGUGAACUACCACUGUUGCCUAGCAUGCCGUCUUUAUCGGAAGUAAACAAGGUAAUACAGGAAGCUAGAGGGCUAAUGACACUGCAAGAUCAUCUGAAGGAUGCUGUCAAUGGUCUUAAUCAUGAAAGCUUAAAUGUGAGGUACAUGGUAGCUUGUGAGCUGAGUAAAUUAUUCAAUGCCAGAAGGGAGGAUAUGACUGCUCUUAUCAUUGGUGAAGAUAUUGCUGAUUUGGAUGUAAUAAGCUCUUUAGUUAUGGCUUUACUUAAAGGAUGUGCAGAGCAAUCAAGGACUGUUGUUGGCCAGAGACUGAAACUAGUUUGUGCAGACUGUCUUGGCGCACUUGGUGCUGUUGAUCCUGCUAAGUUGAAGGUAAGUUCUUGUGAACGCUUUAAGAUAGAAUGUUCAGAUGAUGAUCUGAUAUUUGAGUUGAUCCACAAGCAUCUUGCAAGGGCAUUCAGAGCUGCUGCUGACACUACAGUGCAAGAUUCUGCUGCCUUGGCUAUCCAGGAGCUACUAAAAUUGGCAGGUUGCCAGUCUUCAUCUAAUGAAGAAUCAAAUUGUUGUGAGAUGAGCUACAGGGGCCAGAAGUUGUGGGACCGUUUCUCAAACUAUGUCAAGGAAAUUAUUGCCCCAUGCUUAACAUCGAGGUUUCAUCUUCCUAACACAACUGAUUCUGCUUUAGCUGGCCCAAUAUUCCGCCCAACAAUGUCUUUUAGAAGGUGGAUAUACUACUGGAUUAGAAAGUUGUCAUCACAUGCAACUGGAUCCCGUUCUAGUAUUUUUAGUGCAUGCCGUGGAAUUCUUCGGCAUGACAUGCCAACUGCAAUCUAUCUCUUACCAUACUUGGUCUUAAAUGUUGUCUGUUAUGGUACUCCAGAGGCUCGUCAGAGCAUUACUGAGGAAAUUCUGUGUGUUCUCAAUGCUGCUGCUUCUGAAAAUAGUGGGGCUGCUGUUCAUGAAAUUGCAGUGGGGCAGAGUGAGGUCUGUAUUCAAGCCAUCUUCACUUUACUUGAUAACCUUGGGCAAUGGGUUGAUGACCUCAAACAGGAAAUUGCUUUAUCCCAGUCUAGUUAUGCCAUGGCUGGAAAGCAUGGAGGUAAACUGAAAGAUGGAACAUAUUCUGAUCAUGAACAGGAUCAAAUGCUGGUGCAGUGUAGCAAUGUUGCUGAGUUGCUGGCUGCUAUACCUAAAGUCACUCUAGCAAGGGCCUCUCUUAGAUGUCAAGCUCAUGCUCGUGCUCUAAUGUACUUUGAAUCCCAUGUCCAGGAGAAUUCUGGUUCCUCCAAUCCAGCUGCGGAGUGUAGUGGCACCUUUUCAGACAAUGACAUAUCUUUUCUUAUGGAAAUAUAUGGAGGAUUGGAUGAGCCUGAUGGCCUCCUAGGUUUAGCGAAUCUGAGGAAGUCAUCGAGCCUACAGGAUCAGCUUAUCAUUAAUGAGAAAGCUGGAAACUGGGCUGAAGUCCUAACCUUAUGUGAACAGGCCUUGCAAAUGGAACCUACCUCUGUUCAUAGACAAUCCGAUGUUCUUAAUUGUUUGCUAAACAUGUGCCACCUUCAAGGCAUGAUCGCCCAUGUGGACGGUUUGGUUUGCAGUAUACCCCAGUAUAAGAAAACUUGGUGCAUGCAUGGAGUGCAAGCAGCGUGGCGAUUAGGGAGAUGGGAUCUCAUGGAUUCAUAUCUGACCGGGACAGACAAGGGUCUGGUGUUCAGCAGUUCUGAGAAUAAUGCUUCUUUUGACAUGGAUCUUGCUAAGAUAUUCAAGGCCAUGAUGAUCAAAGAUCAGUUUCUGGUUGCUGAAAAAAUUGCCCAGUCCAAGCAAGCAUUGCUUGUACCUCUGGCUGCGGCAGGCAUGGACUCGUAUAUGCGUGCAUAUCCUUAUGUUGUCAAGCUCCAUAUGUUGUGUGAGUUGGAAGACUUCAAUUCCCUGUUGGGAGAUGAGUCGUUUAUUGAUAAGUCAUUUCGUGCAAAUGAUCCAAACUUUCUGAAGUUAACAAAGGAUUGGGAGAACCGUCUGAGAUGCACACAGCCAUCCCUAUGGACAAGGGAACCUUUACUUGCUCUGCGAAGGGUGGUUUUUAGUCAGAGUCAUAUGAAUGUUCAAGUUGGGAACUGCUGGCUUCAGUAUGCUAAGCUCUGCCGUUUGGCUGGUCACAAUGAGACAGCCCACCUUGCAAUACUAGAAGCAGAUGCCUCAGGUGCCCCCAAUGCUCACAUGGAGAAGGCAAAGUAUCUCUGGAAUAUACGGAAGUUUGAUAGCGCUAUAGCUGAACUUCAGCAAACGCUUAUCAACAUGCCAGCGGAAGUUUUGGGAAAUGCUGUCGUUUCAUCUCUUUGUAGCCUCUCUCUUGCUUUGCCAAAUGCACCUAUCUCUGCAACACAAGCAUCGAAAGAGAAUCCAGAUGUGUCUAAAACCCUGCUUCUCUAUACUAGAUGGAUUCACAAUACAGGGCAAAAACAGAGUGCGGAUAUCAAAUCUCUCUAUUCUAGAGUAACGGAAUUGCGGCCCAAGUGGGAAAAAGGUUUUUUCUGCAUGGCAAAGUUUUUUGAUGAUUUGCUUGUUGAUGCUAGGAAAAGGCAAGAAGAUAAGUUUGCUUGUAAAGUUGGACCAGUCCCUUCUAGCUCUGCAAGCAGGGCAAUUGAAGAAAAAGAGAAGCCUUGGUGUGAAUUUCUUCCGGGAGUGCUACUAUGUUAUGGAAAAGCACUUCACAAAGGACAUAAGAAUCUUUUUCAAGCACUGCCUCGAAUGCUUACUCUUUGGUUUGAAUUUGGAAGCAUAUAUGUCCGAAAUGAAUCUUCCUCCAAUCAUCGUAUGAAAGAGAUUAAUGCAAAUGUUUUAGGCCUCAUACGUGGGUGUUUGAAGGAUCUACCAACAUAUCAGUGGCUUACUGUGCUGUCUCAGUUGAUCUCCCGCAUCUGUCACCAAAAUGCUGAUGUUGUCAGAAUGGUCAAAUGCAUCAUCACAUCUAUUUUACGGGAAUACCCUCAACAAGCUCUUUGGAUGAUGGCUGCAGUGUCUAAUUCCACUGUUCUGGCAAGACGAGAUGCUGCUGCAGAAAUAUUGCAGUCGGCAAAGAAAGGAUGUCGGCGUGGGAGUAAUGCACUCUUCAGUCAAUUUACUAAUCUUAUAGGCCAUCUUAUUAGGCUCUGCUCUCAUCCAGGGCAACCAAGGGCGAAAACAAUAAACAUCUCAACUGAGUUCAGUGCCUUGAAAAGAAUGAUGCCACUAGGAAUUAUCUUACCUGUCCAGCAAGCUUUAACUGUGACUCUGCCAUCAUAUGAUUCAAAUAUGUCGGAUCAAUCUGGUUUUCACCCCUUCUCAGUCUCUCAACAUCCCACUAUAGCUGGAAUAGCUGAUGAAGCAGAAAUUCUUAACUCCCUUCAGAAACCAAAGAAGGUUGUUUUCCUCGGAAGUGAUGGAGUUGAACGUCCAUUUCUUUGCAAACCUAAGGAUGAUCUUAGGAAAGACUCACGCAUGAUGGAGUUCAAUGCAAUGAUCAACCGUCUCCUCUCCAAGGUCCCUGAGAGCCGCAGGAGAAAGCUCUAUAUCAGAACCUUUGCAGUGGUACCACUUACCGAAGAUUGUGGAAUGGUAGAAUGGGUGCCCAAUACUCGUGGUCUUCGGCAUAUUCUUCAGGACAUCUACAUAACUCUUGGGAAGUUUGAUAGGGCGAAAACAAAUUCACAAAUCAAGAAAAUAUAUGACACAUGCCAUGGGAAAAUGCCUGACGAUGUGAUGCUGAAGACCAGAAUCCUUCCAAUGUUUCCCCCAGUUUUCCACAAAUGGUUCUUGACAACAUUCUCUGAACCAGCUGCAUGGUUUCGUGCUAGAGUGGCAUAUGCACAUACCACGGCAGUGUGGUCGAUGGUUGGGCACAUCGUGGGGCUGGGCGACAGGCAUGGUGAAAACAUCCUCUUCGACUCGACGACCGGGGACUGUGUGCACGUGGAUUUUAGCUGCCUGUUUGACAGGGGCUUGCUACUGGACAAGCCUGAGGUGGUGCCGUUUAGGCUUACACAGAACAUGAUCGAUGGCUUGGGCAUCACUGGGUAUGAAGGCGUAUUUUUAAAGGUCUGUGAAAUCACUCUAUCUGUUCUCAGGACCCACAAGGAGACCCUCAUGACUGUCCUUGAGACCUUCAUCCAUGAUCCACUCGUCGAGUGGACCAAACUUAACAAGUCUAGCGGAGGUGAAGUCCAGAACCCACACGCGCAGAGGGCCAUCACUAACAUCAAAUCGAGGCUCCAGGGAGUUCUGGUGGGUGUUAAAGCCAGCCCUUCACUGCCGCUCUCCGUGGAAGGCCAAGCGCGGCGGCUGAUCGCUGAAGCAGUCUCCCUCAACAACCUCGGCAAAAUGUACAUCUGGUGGAUGCCAUGGUUCUAA